AUGCCUGGUAAUAAUUUACCUGUGAUUAAUAAAUUUGGAGUAAUAUCUUCCUCUUAUCAUGAGAAGCUCUUGAAAUUUAAUUUUGAAAAUGCAAAUCAUAAGGAGAGUCAUAAACCCAAGCCAUCGUUUUCAAUCACAAAAGAAUUCAUCCUGAAAUUUAAUCAAGUGCAGGAUCCCACAGAGAAAGUAGAACUGUUGGAACAAGCUAGAAAACUCAUUACCAGGUGUAAGAGGAAGCUGGGUCUCAAGACGCUGGGCUCUGGCAAGCAUGUGCACCUCCCAACUGCAUGGACUGAAGUCAUAUAUCUGGCUCAAUGCAAAGGAGAAAUCCAAGAUGAAGCUUUAAACAUGCUCAAUGUGUCCCUGGACCAUGCUUCCUUUGACCGUGAUCAACUUCCUGCCCUGUUUUUCCUUGCGGAAUCAGUUUUAUAUCGACUCUCUUGCGAUGCAUCCAUGAAGGGAUUUUUAUAUUCAGUUGAGAUAAAACUGGUAAAGAUUGGCUAUUUGAUCUUCUUACGGCUUUUUAUAUUUUUCCUGCAUGGUCACUUAGAAAGUUUUAAACAACAUUUACUUAGGCUGCAACCAUAUUUAUACGCACUUUAUUUCUCCGGAAAAUCAUAUGACAAGUAUCCAAACAUCCUUUCAAAUGUGCAGUUCAUCUUGAAAACAUCGGAAAUUAUAUUUAAAAGAGAACUCCAUUCUGAAUCAGAUUUCAGUCCCGUGGAAAAUAUGGAGGAACUGGGGAACAUAGAUUCUGAUGUGGGAAGAUACAAUGUCAACCACCUGCUCUGGCACUGUGUUGCUGCCUGGUCUUGUGUUCAGAAUAAUAGUCCUCAGUUGAAUAAAGUGCUUGAACAUCUCCUGUUACAUAAAACGCAGCUUCAAACGAAAUGCUGGUUGGAUUCAGCACUGGCUUUGUUGGUCCUGGGGGAAGCUGCAAAAUUGAACAUGGCCUGCUUGAAAACAUUAAUGGAUCUAGUGAGAGAUUUCCUUUCAAGCCUCUUGUCUGUUCAGACUCAGGAAGAAAUGUAUAAGGCGUAUGACUUUUCCUGGGCCUACAAUGUCAUCCUUACAUAUACAACGAUCAUUGCAGAAAUUUGCUUGUAUGCAGCUACUUCUUACCUGAGAAAAACUGCUUUGAUUGGGUUCUGUGCCUGUAAACAUCCAAAGGAAUAUACUUUGCUCAUGGAAAAAUCAAAAGAAGAGCCAGAAUUGCAGGAAGCAAGCAUUUUAAGUCUUGUGAAAUAUUUCACUUCCAAAAUGUCAGAUAAUUGUGAUGAUGUGGUCUGGAUUGGAUACUAUGGCAUAGUGUAUAACCUCGUGAAAAUGUCAUGGGAACUCCAGGGUGAUGAGGAGCAGGAUGGAUUUAGAAAUAUUAUAUGGCAAACACUACAAAAAAUAAAAGAUUAUGAGCAGGACCCACGAAUCCAAAAUGCAUUAACUAUAGCCCAGGCUGAAUUAAAUGAUCCAGUUGAUCCUUUCACUAAAUGUAGUGCAAAAGUUCUACCAAAUGUAGGGGAAGAAGCUUUCUCUAAAUACAUUGGAUGGAGAACUGCCAACACACUGUCCAAACUCUUUUUUUCCUCUCUUGAUGCCUGUGCCCUUCCACUGAAGAAACCAGUAGAAAGACGUCUUCAAAAGAAAUACAUAAAUAAAACACAGGCGCCCAUGAAAAAGAGAGUUCUACAUUUUAUUGUAAAGGAUCAUCAUUCUAUGUUGAACAUUUCUACGUUUCCAUAUCCAGAUUACUUCAGCAAGAUGGAUAAGAAAUUGGCAGAAAUCAUUGACCAUCAUUGGCAGAAAGAAAUAGAGACCCGGAAGCAAGUAGAGAUAAUAUGUGAGGCCCAGAGACUGAAAGAUGAAGAGGCAAAAGAGAAAAUCCACUUUCAAGAAAUUAUGAAGAAAAGGGAAGAGAAAUUGCACAAGAAAACUAAACCCUAUGAAAUGAUUUCAUUAGACAACAAAAUGAAUCAAGGGAAAAGAUGA